CGGUGGGGAGGAGAGAGGGGCUCGGGGUCGGAGCGCGCCCGCCUGAGGAGAGGUGUCCAUCUCAUGGACUCAGCAGCCCGGGAGGUCGCGCCACGGCCCCUUCCCCCUCCACGAGAAAGUUCCCCUCCCCACAAGCCCCCGGAGCUGGGGGGCAGAUCCACCCCGCUUGCUGGGGCUGGAACUGAGGUUCUGGGUGAAUAAUGGACGCUGCACAAACAGGUAAUAACGCUGCUCCUGCGGCGGGGGAGACGCAUCCUUAUUAAUAUUUAUUAAACCCGCGGCCUGUCAUUCAAGAGCCUCAUAAAUAUUAAUUCCCAAUUAAACAUUUAUAUGAAGGAGAUUGUUUCUCCUCCCCCUCAAAGACCUGUUUGAAGCUGGGGUUGCUGGUGGCCGUAGGGGACGUGGGGUCUCCAGGGAGGGGCGCAGGGGGUGGGGCUGGCAGUGGGGCGAUCCCCUCUGUGCCUGGGCCCUGACCAGCUCCUCCUGCCCCCUCCACCUCAUGCCGAGUCCCGCAGAGGUUCCGCUGCUGACCGGUCAGGACACCUGCCGUGGUCCCGGCUCCUGUGUCGCUGCCCAGCUGGUCUCGAGAGACUCCGCUCAUCUAAGGGCGAGCUAUCCGGACCCUCUGGACUGGGGAGUUGGUGUUAUUUUGAAGCAGGGCUUGUGGACUGGCAUGGAUCACGAGGAGCACCAUUACUUUAUGAACCUCUCGGAAAGAAAAAGUGCUGCCUGUGAACCCAGGAGCCGGUGCCUGCGGGUACAGCCCGAGCUUACAUUCACCAGGCGCUCUCCGGACCUCUCUGACGCGGGUGUGCACAGCGGGUGCUUGUGCAAGCGGAAAAAGAGAGGAGACGGAGACGGUCGGGCUCAGGAGGCCCUGGGGUCCUCGUGCCAGGAAGGGCGCUCCCAACCACUUCCCACCCUGAGCCUUCAGGCCCCUGUUUUCCACACGGAAUGGUCCCGGGUCCCCGGGAGGGUGGGCAACGCCGCGCUCUGGAGAAGAUUCACCCCUGCUGUGCCCAGCUUGACGCUGGUGCUUCUAGAAAGGCAGCAGACGUCCGGGACAGCGGUCAGACGGUGGCCGGGACUUGAGCUCCUUCCUCAGAUGGCCGUCCUGAGCUUAGUCCCCCGACAGCCAGGCUUCGCCACGCUGCCUCCCUGAUGGAAUGGGACGCUCCCCGGGGACCCCAGCUGUCCCGUGUCCCGCCCUGCCCCCCUUCCUUGGACACACACUGAGGUGGUUCUGCGUGGACCCCUGCAGGUGGCACAGCCUCGUGGUGAAGGGGUGUCCCCACCAACACCGCCCUGUGAGUGGCCUCUGACCCUCUGGCCACACCUGCGUUCCUGGGGCUCCUCAGGGUUCCUGAGUCACUCGCCCGACUCACAGAGCCCGGAAUGCUCUCUGCUCAGUGACGGUUUUCUAAUAAAGGACGCAGACCAGGACCAGCCAAACGAGAUGCCUGGGUGAGCCCCGAGCUGCUAGGCUGGCCCCUCGUGGCUCAAGACGGCCCCCUCCUGGCCCAGCCCUGCAUCCUGCCCGGAAGCCCACCGGAGCGAUUAUCACGUGGCCUGACGGCCAGAUCUGGGCCACGCAGCUGAGUUAGGCUCCAGCCCCCUCCCUCCCCUCCACGCUUGAUCUGUCUGGUGUCGAGCCCCCCACCCCCUCCAAAGCCACUCAUCAACAUGAGCUCAGGUGCGGCUCUGGGUCUGGGGUCUGGGGAGUACAGACCACCACCCCCAGGGCUCCAGGAAGG